GUAGAGGAAGUAAAGGAACAAGUAACUGUAACAGAGGAAAUUACGAAACUCGGUAAACCAAAGAAAACUACCAAAAAGAAAAUCAUCAAACGGCGAGGAAAAGAACAGCAAGUGACAGAAGUAGUUACAGUAGAAGAGGAAGGAAAGGCUCCUGAAACAACUGUAACAGAAGGACCGCUUGAGGAAAUUGUUGAAGAAACAAUAAAACCUCUUCCGGCACUAGAAAAGGUCAAGCCUACGGAAAUAGAGGAGGUAAAGGAACAGGUAACUGUAACAGAGGAAAUUACGAAACUCGGUAAACCAAAGAAAACUACUAAAAAGAAAAUCAUCAAGCGGCGAGGAAAAGAACAGCAAGUGACAGAAGUAGUUACAGUAGAAGAGGAAGGAAAAACUCCUCAAACAACUGUAACAGAAGGACCGCUUGAAGAAAUUGUUGAAGAAACAAUAAAACCUCUUCCGUCAUUAGAAAGAGUCGAACCUACGGAAGUAGAGGAGGUAAAGGAACUGGUAACUGUAACAGAGGAAAUUACGAAACUUGGUAAACCAAAGAAAACUACUAAAAAGAAAAUCAUCAAGCGGCGAGGAAAAGAACAGCAAGUGACAGAAGUAGUUACAGUAGAAGAGGAAGGAAAGGCUCCGGAAACAACUGUAACAGAAGGACCGCUAGAGGAAAUUGUUGAAGAAACAAUAAAACCUCUUCCGGUACUAGAAAGGGUCGAACCUACGGAAGUAGAGGAAGUAAAGGAACAGGUAACUGUAACAGACGAAAUUACGAAACUUGGUAAACCAAAGAAAACUACUAAAAAGAAAAUCAUCAAGCGGCGAGGAAAAGAACAGCAAGUGACAGAAGUAGUUACAGUAGAAGAGGAAGGAAAGGCUCCUGAAACAACUGUAACAGAAGGACCGCUUGAGGAAAUUGUUGAAGAAACAAUAAAACCUCUUCCGGCACUAGAAAAGGUCCAGCCUACGGAAGUAGAGGAGGUAAAGGAAC